AAUUGUUUGAUUUCGGAGGAAAAUUUGCGAUGCAGUUCCGAAGGCAGCUCCUUUUAGCUUCGUAUAGUAAGAAGCUUAGCAGUACCGUCCAAGAGGCCCCUCUCACAAGGUACACAUAUACAUUCCCAUAUUCUCGCCCUCUAAACCCUACACUUUGCCGCCUCCUCCUCCUUCAGGAGCAGCAUUGUGUGGUGGCGGCGGAGGAAGAAACAAUUUUAGAGAGAGGGAGAGAGAGAUCUGGUUUAGGAGAAUGGAAAGCGGAGCAGUGUUCACGGGACUUCAACGAAACCCCAAUUACCUCAUCUCUCCAUUACGCAGUGCUUGCAGGCUUCUUCCACCUCAAAAUGGUUCUGAUAAGAAGCAGUUUUGCCCUCAAUAUCUCAAGUUCCAAAGGCAGCCCCUUUUGGCAUCUUAUAGUAAGAAGCUUAGCAGUACCGUCCAAGAGACCCCUCUCACAAGUGAUGUUGCAUAUGAAUUAGCGGACAUAGACUGGGACAGCCUUGGAUUUGCGUUGAUGCCUACCGACUUUAUGUAUAUCAUGAAAUGCUCACGUGGACAAACUUUUAGUAAAGGUGAAUUACAGCGUUAUGGAAACAUUGAGUUGAGCCCAUCUGCUGGGGUCUUAAAUUAUGGGCAGGGAUUAUUUGAAGGUCUAAAAGCUUACCGUAAACAAGAUGGUAAUAUUUUGUUGUUUCGUCCUGAAGAAAAUGCUGUGCGGAUGAGGAUGGGUGCAGAGCGAAUGUGCAUGCCUUCACCAACAAUUGAACAGUUUGUGGAUGCUAUAACUGCCACUGUUUUAGCCAAUAAAAGAUGGGUUCCUCCUCCUGGCAAAGGUUCCUUAUACAUAAGGCCAUUGCUAAUGGGUAGCGGAGCUGUUCUUGGUCUUGCACCAGCUCCUGAGUACACCUUUCUGAUAUAUGUUUCGCCUGUUGGAAACUAUUUCAAGGAAGGUAUUGCACCAAUACAUUUGAUGAUUGACACUGAAGUGCAUCGAGCAACCCCUGGUGGUACUGGAGGUGUGAAGACUAUAGGAAACUAUGCUUCGGUACUAAAGGCACAAACUGCUGCAAAAGCCAAAGGCUUUACGGAUGUUCUGUACCUUGAUUGUGUUCACAAGAAAUAUCUGGAGGAGGUUUCCUCCUGUAAUGUGUUUGUUGUAAAGGGCAAUGUCAUUUCUACCCCUUCUAUAAAAGGGACAAUCCUACCUGGCAUUACACGAAAGAGUAUAAUUGAUGUUGCUCGAAGCCAAGGAUUCCAGGUUGAGGAACGGCUUGUAGCGGUGGAUGAAUUACUUGAUGCUGAUGAAGUAUUUUGCACUGGAACAGCUGUUGUUAUAUCUCCUGUGGGCAGCAUAACUUAUCAUGGUGAAAGGAUAUCUUACAGAAGCGGUGGAAUUGGUGUUGUGUCACAACAAUUAUAUUCCGCGCUCACCAGACUACAGAUGGGGCUUACAGAGGACAAGAUGGAUUGGCUUCUUGAGCUGAAUUAGUAGGCUGAAUUAGUAGGCUUUCAAAUGUUUUGUAUGCUAUGGUUUUGUGCUUUUUUUUAACUUGGGAAGUGUGUACUUCGCUUUCUUUGGUUGGUAAAGAUUAUUUAGUUUUAUGUUUUUUAUUCUAGUGUAGGCAGGCAGUCAUCUUGUUUAUGUUUCUCAAUGUUACUUUCUUCAACACAUGAUUGUGCAAGAGAUUUCAAGUUCUAUUCA